CUCAGCAAUUAGCUCUUCUGUUUAUCUGCGAUUUUUUCGUCCUCUCUCUCUCUCUCUCUCGAUCUUCACGGCCAAGGUCUCUUUUCCAUCUCCCUCUCUCUCGCAAAAAAAUAGGGUUUCCAGCUUCAAGCAUCUCUCUCUAUCUGUCUGUCUGGAUUUUACAGAUCUGUGCAGCUCUUGCUUCGAGCUCUGCUGAAUCUCUUUCUUCGACAUGUUUUGGAAGAUCACAUCUCUCUCUGCCUCCUCACCCGUGGAGUCACUAUUGGACAAGGAGAAUUUCACUUUGGAAGAGCUUUUGGAUGAAGAAGAAAUAAUUCAAGAAUGCAAAGCAUUAAACAGUCGGCUCAUUAACUUUCUACGGGAUAGAGCCCAGGUGGAGCAGUUAUUGGGCUAUAUUGUUGAAGAAGCCCCAGAGGAUGCUGAAAGCAAACGAGUCUUCAAGUUUCCAUUCAUUGCCUGUGAGAUCUUCACAUGUGAAAUUGAUGUUAUUUUGAAAACUUUGGUUGAGGAAGAGGAGCUGAUGAAUUUGCUCUUCUCCUUCUUGGAACCUAAUCGUCCGCAUAGUACCUUGCUGGCUGGGUAUUUUAGCAAGGUUGUUGUAUGCCUUAUGAUACGGAAGACGGUCCCACUUAUGAAUUAUGUCCAAGCUCAUCAGGACGUUUUUCGCCAUUUGGUUGAUUUGAUAGGAAUUACAUCUAUCAUGGAGGUCUUGGUUCGACUUGUAGGCUCCAAUGACCAUGUGUAUCCCAACUACGUAGAUGUUAUGCAAUGGUUGGCUGAUAGCAAUCUGCUAGAAAUGAUUGUGGAUAAACUGAGUCCAUCAAGUCCUCCUGAGGUUCAUGCUAAUGCGGCUGAAACACUAUGUGCCAUAACACGAAAUGCCUCAUCAGCCCUGGCCUCCAAACUUUCUAGCCCAAGCUUUGUUGCAAGGAUAUUUGGUCAUGCAUUGGAAGACUCGCAUUCGAAAUCUUGCCUUGUCCACUCGCUUUCUGUUUGUAUUUCAUUGUUAGACCCAAACAAAUCUGCAACAGCUUCUCCCAUGUUUCAUUCUUUUCGAAUUCAACAUAUGUAUGAGCCUCCAAUCUCUGUGAACCCUGAGACGAUUGGUGCAAUGCUCCCCAAACUUGGUGACUUGCUUACACUUCUGAUUGUGUCAUCUGAUGAGAAGAAACUGCCUACAACGUAUGGAGAAUUGAGGCCUCCUCUUGGGAAGCAUCGGUUAAAGAUUGUGGAGUUCAUUGCUGUGCUAUGGAAAACUGCCAAUGAUUCUGCAGAGAACGAAUUGGUCAGCUCAGGGACCAUUCGACGAGUCAUUGAUCUUUUCUUCGAGUAUCCAUUCAAUAACUCGCUGCAUCACCAUGUAGAGAGUAUCAUAUUGUCAUGCUUGGAAAGCAAGAGUGAUGGUAUCGUCAAUCAUCUUCUUCGAGAGUGUGAUUUGAUUGGAAAGAUUCUCCAAACAGAUAAACAUCCUAUACUUUCUGGUGACAGUAAUCAGCCAACAAUACCUGCUGCUGGAAAACAGAUGCCUCGCAUAGGAAACCUUGGACACAUUACACGAAUUUCUAAUAAGCUUGUUCAGUUGGGAAACAGUCAGACCCACAUUCAGGCAUGUCUUCAGGAAAAUAGUCAAUGGAAUGAGUGGCAGGCUACCAUUCUGCAGGACCGCAAUAUGGUUGAAAAUGUCUAUCGAUGGGCUUGUGGUCGUCCGACCGCAUUGCAAGAUAGGACAAGGGACAGUGAUGAUGAUGAUCUUCAUGAUAGAGAUUAUGAUGUAGCGGCCCUAGCAAAUAAUUUGAGCCAGGCCUUUCGCUACAAAAUCUAUGGGAAUGAAGAUGCUGAAGAGGACCAUGGAGCUCUUGAUCGUGAUGAUGAGGAUGUAUACUUCGACGACGAAUCUGCCGAAGUUGUAAUAUCAUCCUUGAGGCUAGGCGAUGAUCAAGGGAGUAGUCUUUUCACGAAUUCAAACUGGUUUGCAUUCCAAGACGACAGAAUUGGUAGUGCACCUGUGAGCACAUCAGAGAUAAUGGAUGAGAUAAACUUAAAUGGAACUUCAAAUGGUGGUAACAGCAGCAGUGAUGAUGAAGUGGUGGUUGGUGAGGACGAGGAGCUGGCUGAAAGUAAAGACCCUGUCAAUGGGACUUCAAGUUCCAAUACGAACUUCCCGAACGGGUUUACUGGGAGUGGUUCCAUGAAUGGUGGGCUUUUGAACAAGGAAAAUGAACUAGCGAGUGCUUCCCAUGAUAUGGGCUUCUUCAGGUUCGAGACAUCUGCUGGUGAGGAGUUGUUGGAAGCUAGGCCUCUCCCUGAUUGGGUGGGAUGGGGCGAUUCAUCAGAUGUGCAAGUUGGUGGUGCAAGUGUGAACCCAUUUGAGGAUCACUACAAUUCAGACACCAAUCCUUCUGGUCAAGCACAAUUAGUAACUUCCGAUGCUAGUUCCUUUUCACGUGAAGUAUCCAUAAUUCCAAAUGGCUCUCCAACCACGACAGCUUCUAGUGAUAGUUCAGUAGGUAUUGAUUCAAGUCAGAGGUCUACUGCUGUUCCAUCAUUGUUCGAAGAGGAUGUUGAGUUUGUAGGUGUUGAAUUAGAAGGUACCGAGAAGGCUAUGGAACAGGCUCUCAAGGAGGGAAUAGUUGGGGAAGCAGGGCCAUUGAAGAGAAACAUUAAACAGAAGGUGCCAGAGAAGGAGAAUUCUGAGGAGGGUGGACCUGGAAUGAAGGAGUUCAAUGAUGCCAAUUAUUGGAGGGUGGAUCAAGAGGUUACUGUGUCAGAGUAAUUGCGUUGUCUCUGCUUAGGGUUGUUUCAACCUUAAAAGUUUGAUCCGACGGGAUCAGGCCCUUUUUUCAGCAAAAAUAUGUACAGUAAUUUUGUUUCCAGAUGGAGACCAGGUGGUGGUGGGGGGAAGAUUGGAUGGCGGUAGGUUGUGUUCAUGGUUAUUGUUGUUUAUUAGUUAUUUUAAUUACUCUUCUUGUUGUUUAUGGUUCAAGGUUUUUGUUUCCUUCUGCUACUGAUUUAUGGGGGUUUCCCAGAUCCAUCAUAAUCCAUAUUUAUUAUUGCCAGAGAAAACACUCUUCUUUUUCAAUAUCUAUUUAUUAUUGGGCA